AUGUCUACCAAGGUGAAAGGACUCCUUAAAGGAUUAAGAUACAUAUCCCAAAUAUUUGAAGAAAAAGAAGAUGAUUUUCAAAUUGGGUUCCCAACUGAUGUAAAGCACGUGGCGCACAUUGGAUCAGAUGAUCCAUCAGCAAAUGCACCUAGCUGGAUGACAGAGUUCAAACCAGCAAAAGAAGGAGACCCAUCGGGAACAGUAAAUGAGAUGCUUGAAGAUGACAACAAUUCAUCAAAUGCAAAAGGAACACAUUCAAAGAGUCGACAUAUGGUUCCCAAGUCUCGACACCAAUCAAUAGACAGUGAGACCAAACAAAAGCACACGAGACGCAGCCACCGAUCAUCGGACCCAUCUGCAGACACAUCGGCAAAUGAAUCAUCAGGUGGUUCUCGGCAUCGGCGAAAUAGGCGUGGAUCGAACCACGGCGGAGAUUCACCGUCGCAAGAAAUGCCACCAACUGGCGCCAAAACUCAUCGGAGAAAAUCAAAGAACUCGGAAGAUGGUUCAGUGCGAAAGCCAUCGUCUAGAAGAUCUUCCAAAGGGGAUUCGCUAACUGAUAUCUCUAUUUCAGAUUUUGGAUCUGGCUCAGGGCCCGAAACCAAGAACGAGGCUCAAUAG